AUGUCUUCCGCACAAGAGAAGAAGAAUUCCAAGUUCGGACAUUUACCUUUGUCAACAUCUGGACCGCAGGAGACAGCUUUAACUGGCAAUGCUCUGCUCCGCACUCCCUACUUCAACAAAGGCUCGGCUUUCACAGAGGAAGAGCGGGACACCUUCAAACUUCACGGCCUUCUACCAUCAAACGUACAGACCCUUGAGGAGCAGGUCCGAAGAGCUUACGCACAGUAUCAAUCGCGACAAGAUGAUCUAGCCAAGAACACUUUCAUGACAAGCAUGAAGGAGCAAAAUGAAGUAUUGUAUUACAGGUUGAUUCUAGACCACUUGAAGGAAAUGUUCUCCAUUAUCUAUACCCCCACUGAAGGCGAUGCUAUUGCGAACUAUUCCAGACUGUUCCGAAAACCUGAAGGAUGCUAUCUUGACAUCGAACAUAUGGACCGUAUAGAAGAUGAUAUCGACCAAUUCGGUGGGAAAGACGACGUCGAUCUGAUCGUGGUCAGUGACGGAGAGCAGAUUCUUGGCAUCGGCGACCAAGGCGUGGGUGCCAUUCUUAUCAGCGUCGCGAAGCUUGCCAUCUACACAUUGUGUGCAGGCAUUCAUCCGGCUCGUACGCUUCCAGUUGUCCUUGACUGCGGCACCAAUAACGAGGAGCUUCUCAACGACGACCUGUACCUUGGUUUGCGACAAAAGCGGGCCCGCGGCGAGAGGUAUGACGAGUUCGUGGAUAAGUUCGUGCAGGCCUGCAGAAAGCGAUACCCUAAGGCCUACAUUCACUUCGAAGACUUCGGAUUAAACAACGCUAGGCGCAUCUUGGACAAAUACACACCCAAAAUGGCUUGCUUCAACGAUGAUGUGCAAGGCACGGGCGCCGUUACGCUGGCGGCGAUCAUGGCUGCGUUCAAAGAGGCUAAAGUUGAGUGGGGCGACGCGAGGUUCGUCAUGUUCGGCUCAGGGACGGCUGGCACCGGUAUUGCGGACCAGGUUUCAGAUGCAAUUGCGCAAGAGACUGGCAAGUCGAAAGAAGAGGCAGGCCAGCAAAUAUGGUGUGUCGACAAGCCAGGGCUGUUAUUGAAAUCCAAGAAGGAUGAGCUUACCCCGGCGCAAAUUCCAUAUGCCCGCGAAGAUGGCGAUUGGGACAAGAAAGAUCAUAGUGAUCUACGUUCAGUGAUCAAAGAAGUCAAGCCGCAUGUGUUGAUUGGCACGUCAACCAAACCUGGAGCUUUCACGAAAGAGGUCGUGCAGGAAAUGGCGAAGCACGUGGACCGACCCAUUAUCUUCCCCUUAUCCAACCCCACCCGUCUGCACGAGGCCAAGCCACAGGACCUUUUCGACUGGACCGAUGGCAAGGCCCUUGUGGCUACUGGCUCGCCCUUCCCUCCUGUCAAGCACAAUGGUAAAGAAUACGAUAUUUCUCCCAUCUCCAAUGGUACUGGUUCUGGUCUGCUACCUGAUGUGACCGACGUGCGGGAAAUCAGCGUUCACAUCGCGAAGAACGUGAUCCAACAAGCUGUCAAGGAAGAUUUAGCUCAAGAAAAGGACAUUCCUACAGACGAUGCAGAGCUCGAGGAGUGGAUUCGUGAACAGAUGUGGGAUGCUAAGUACAGGCCACUGAAGCUGGUCGAACACGAGAACGCCAAUGCGUUCGCGAGAGGCGAAGCCGGGGCUGCAAGCCAUCAGAGAAUGGGUAGCUUCAACUGGACGGCACGGUUGUAG